AGUGUUUUACUGAAUCUUCUUUCCACGCAACGCCGUGGCAACACCGCUGCAGUGCUGAUUGCUUGUUCUUCACAGCAGUACACACCUGCGGGCACGGUGCGCUACCGUUUGUAUUUGAAUAAUUGUAUAUAUAUAUAUAUAUAUUUCAGAAGAAGGUGGCUCGCCGCGAUGUCCACCCCGGCAGAUCCCUCCGCAUCGGCGCCUGCUGCCUCGGCCGCGGUGGUGGCUGCGGCAGCCAAGAAAGCCGCACGCCACAAAGCCGCCUCAAACAAAGAAGAUCCGCUGCACACGUGGAACCAGCAGCUCAUGGAGGCGUGUCUCGCGUGCGACUUGGCUCGUGUCGAGGAUCUGGUAGAGCGAGGCGCCGAUCCGGUCAACGCGCGGGAGGUGCCGCCGCCUGCGUUUUACGCCGGUGCACUCGGCACCGCCGUGCACGAGCAGCAUCUUCAGCGCAAACGGUUCACAGGCGACGGGGUCGACGCCGGUGAGCAGCACGGCGAAGCCUAUGGCGUUGUUGUGGCUGCUGCUGCUGCUGCUAGAGGUGUAGGUGGAGAAGGUAAUGCCACGGAGGUCACCAGUGCGAGCAGCGGAAGUGCUGCCACUGCGAACGCUGCAGCCGAUCGGCUCUCCCCCCUCGCUGCGAUGCUGCUCUCCGGCCUCGACUCACCCGCCGCUCGCGGCAUCGUGGCCUUUUUACUUCAACGCGGCGCGAGCGUCAACGACCCGGUCACCUACACGACAACGCAGGAGGCGACAAACGAAGGCGACGCGACAGGCGCGGGCGACGAUGCCGCGGCAGGCAAUCGGGCAGCGAAUAGCGGGGAGACGAAGAAGGGUGCCAAGACGAAGGCACCACCCGUCUCCUCCCGCUUCGGCUCCGCCGCGCAGGCCGCGGCAGGCGGCGGCGGAAAUGCCGACGACGCCCAGCGCGGACAGCAAGAGGAGGAGCGCAGCGUGGACGGAUCGGUGCUGCACUGCGUUGUCAGCCGCGGCGAUCACGCACAGCUGCUGCGGCUUCUCCUGCUCGCGGCGCCGCUUCCACCGCAGUUGAUGCCGCCCUCCGCAGCCGCCGGCGAAGAAGAAGAAGGUAAUGAACAGCACGACGCCCGUAAGGAAGAGAAGACCAACGCAGAGGAGUGCCCCGCCGCGUUGCCCUACUCGCUGUUGAGCGCUGUCGAGCAGGAGACGGUGGUAGGGGCGCUGCGACAUCAGCAGCUCGCAUCGUUACCGCCAUCGGUGAACCCGGUGAGCACCAGCGGGGGAGGCAAGUCCGACGACGCCGCCGCCGCUGCAGCAGCCGCCCCCGCACCGAGUAACGGACAGCAGCAGCAGCAGCAACAGCCAAAGGGAAAGGGUAAGCAGGGCGGCGCCACGGCCCCUGUGCCGAGUGGGCCGGAGUCACCACGCCCCACGGCUACCUGGGUAACGGACUCCAUUCUCGGUGGCAACGGCCCCUUCACGAUCUCGGCCGCGGCUGCGGAGGCGGUCCUGGCUGCUUUUCAGAAGCGUCAGCAACGCCCGCUCGCUCGCGGUGCCUCCGCCGGCGGCGUCAGAGGUGGUGGAAGGGGCCUGCCGCCACGUCGGCUGCCUAUCCUGAUGAGCGCCUACCCACACCUCGACGAUGGAGACAACGCUGGCGUGCACGCAGGCGACGCACCCCGCACCUCCGCUGCGUUGUGGAACUUACAGAAGCUGUGCAGGGAAUCGCUGAAAGGGCAAGGCGGCGCGGGUGAAGGCGACAUGGACCCCCACCGCACGACGAGUGAGGAAGGAGAAGGGGCACGUGGGGACGGGGGUGAUUGGCUGAAGCAGCGUACGGAACUUGAUUUCACCCAAGUUGACUCCCUCGGCUGCACCGCCGCCACUAUCGCCCUGCAACGCGGUGACACCUUGUCGCUUCGCCUGUUGUACUUCUUCGGCGCCCCCAUGCCCUUCCACGACCUCGUGAACGCAACCCAGACCCGCCUGGCGCGUGCCUGUGCACGCGGCAACGUCGCACGGGUAGAGCACUUACUCCGCCACGGCGAUCGCCUGUCGCAGCUGUCCGCAGACGGGCGAUACACCCUCAUUCACUACGCGGCGGCGCAACCAGCGGUGCUGAAGGUGCUGACGGAGCACGGGCUCUCGCUAGAGUACGAAAACGUGUGGGGUGAGUCGGCGGUGUUGUCGCUGCUGCGGCACGGGACGGCGCGGAACGACGCCAAGUACGUCCAAACGCUGUAUGGAACGGCCGCCUGGGCCGCCGCGAAUGCCGCCGCUGCCGCCGCAGCAGCAGCAGCAGCGGGAGGCGGCACCGACGGUGUGAACAUCUCCACCUCCACCUCCAACACGAACGCGACGAACGCGGCGGCGCAGAGCACACCUGUUCCACCGACUAUCAGCACCGCCGUCAGCAACGCCAUCGCCUUCACGCAGCUGCCGCCGAGUGCGCAGCGCAACUACAUCCUCUGCCCACCACUGCAGCUGCCGUUGCUGACCACAACCGGGAGUGGUGGGGCGGCCGGCGGCGGCGGCAAUGCCGGCCGUGGUGGCGCAGCGAAGGAUCACUUCGCCAGCGCCAGCGCGCGUCGCAUCAGCACAAACCCAAGCGCGGCAGCGGCGUCGACGUCCAACAACGCAUCGGCCGCCUCUGCUGCUGCUCGGCUGCCCUCUGUCGCGCCGCCAGCUCAACCGUUUUUUGGCGGCCGCGAGGCGGGCACGUGGUGGUCCUUCCUGCCCCCGACGACGACGACCGCAGAGGCGGUGGACACGUUGUUGAAGGCCGGUGCGGUGCUGCAGGGUUACAUCCCAGAUGAGGACCUUGACUUACCCUACGUACGCUUCGGCGAGUCGCAGACUGCCGCUGCUGCUGCUGCUGGCGGUACUGCGGUCAGUGAUGAGCACUACGACAGUGGCGCCGGCGAUGAAGGAGAGGAAAGGGAAGAGGACUUUUACGGCAGCCGGACGUCGAUGUCCGGCUCUGCGAGCACCGCCGUGCCCUUCGCAGGCCACUACUCAAGCAGUCAACGGAGGCAGCAACAACAUCAGCAGCAGCUCUGCCCUGGACGCCUUUCACUUCGCGUUACCCCGCUGCAGCAAGCCAUCUUCGAUUACCACCCAGAGCUGAUUCGGCGGCUGGUGAUCGACUACCGAGUGGACCCGAUGCAGCGGGACUCGCAGGGAGCGACGGCGUUGCACUAUGCCGCGCUCUGUGCCCACGCCCCGACGGUGCUGGAGAUGCUGCUGUCACCGCAGGUGAUGCUGAUGCACGUAAAGCCCGCCGGCGGCGCGGUAGGAGGUGGAGGUGCGGGGGCCUCGACGCUGAGUGCCGUCAUGGGCGGCGAAAGCAGCGGUCCUGCGGAGGCGGUCAUCUCCAUCCCGGCCGCGGUUGGCUCGAAGAUCGACCUGAACUGUACGGACAUGGCCGGUCGCACCCCGCUCUUCUACGCCGCGUUGGUCGGCAACGAAGCGGCGGUGAAGCUGCUGUUGCGCUUCGGGGUGCUGCUGCAGGUUGGCCGCGCGGACCGCGAUGGCUGGACGCCCCUGCACGUCGCCGUCCGUCAGCAGCACCCCACUGUGGUGGUGCUGCUGCUGCGACACACGAAGCAGCUCUUGAGCAGCGCCACGGCAGCGGGCGGGGGGCCGGAUGUCUUCUCCGAGUUGCUCGGCAACCUACGAGGCGCAGGGGGCGCGCGCGGGACCUCGUCCACGCGGGCCGGCAGCGCCGGCCGGCGCGGCUCGCAACGCAGCGGCUCCUUCACGAGUGCGGGUCGGCUACGGCGCAGCGACAGCAACACCGCCGCUGCCGCAGCAGCAGCCGCAGCGGCAGGCGGUGGUCCCGUCUCCCCCACCGACCUCCUCUUCGCGAAUGGCGGCGUGGCGCUGGUGGAUGUGGAGGCGGAGGAGCGCAGCGCGCACGCGACACCGCUGGAGCUGCUGAUCAGGCAGACGCGACCGGCAGUGCCGGCCUCCGCGGCGGAGAUACGCGUCGCCACCGCGCUGCUGGCAGAAGGGCAGGCGAGCUCGCUGCGGCCGAGCGGGCUGCCGAACGGGGGAUCGCUGCUGCACCGUGUCGUGGCGGAUGGCCAGGUGGAGUUGGCGCGGUUGCUGCUGUCGUACUACGCCAACCCGGACGAGGUGGACGACGUAGACGAGACGCCGCUGUUCCUUGCGGUGCGCCAGACUCCGCCGUCCUCCGCAGCACCGCAACAGGACGAAACGGACGAGGCUGCGACCUCGCCAGCGUCGUUUGCAGCGGACGACGAGGAGCAGCAGCAGCAGCGGCGACGGUGCUGUCGCCGGGACUGCCGCACCUCACUUAUUCGAACUUUGCUGGAGUACGGCGCGACGCCGUCUGCGCAAAGCGGCACGAACCUCGACACGCCGCAGCACCUCGCCGCCCGCCGCCUGGCGACCCCGUCGGAGGAUAACGAGGAACUGUUGCAGAUGCUCUUCUACACGGUGCCCGAUCGCAAAUCAGCGGCGGCGGCGGCAGCGGCGGGCAGCCGUGGGCGGCGAGCCGACAGUCGAAGUAAGUCUCGUGAACCACGCCUGCGGCCACGCUUGCCGGAUUCCGCCGCCGCCGCAGCAGCAGACGCGGAGAGCGCUCUGCUGAAUCACCGUGGUGGCAGGAAAACCGGAGGUGCGGCAGGGGCGAAGGAGAGCGCGCUGCGCCGUCGGCUAAACCGUAACAGCAGCGAAGGCGGACGAGCAGGGCACCGACCCAGCUCGCAGGACGGUAGCGCACGGGACCGACGGGGUCAGCAGCGGCUGGCGGGACAGCAGCAGCAACCGUCGCCAUCCUCUUCCGCCUCUGCUGCCGCACGUCGCAGGUUGUGGACUGACGAGGCCGGCGACGCGGCUGAUGCCGCCGUGGAAGGUUUGUACGGCGACGGCCUCGCCGAGGAUCAGCUCUCGCUCGCCGACAGUAGCGUCGCGAGCGGCGGCGGCAACAACACAGGCGUCUUCGGCGACGACGAUGACCGCAGCGUCACCACCAGCCGACCGGAGAGCGGCGACGUCAACGAUGCCCACCGCGGCGCGGUCGACGCAGACGCAAGUGGCGAAGGCGCGACGGAGGCCGAUCACCGACGAGCGGCGCUGCGGCAGUGGCAGUGCGCCGAGCACCUGCUAUCUCCCUCGCAUUGCUGGUUGCUGACGGACGCACAAGGGCAAACGCCGCUGCACGUCUUGUGCAGUUCGGCCUGUCAUGCCGUGCAGCGUUUGCCGGCACUGCUGAGGCUGCUGAAGGAUCUGGAGGCGUACACGCUGAUGCGGGAGUCGGCCAACAGCGGUGACCGAGAGGUGCUGUCGAUGGUGUGGGGCCUGCAAGACGCACACGGGCGGACGCCGCUGCACGCCGCUGCUGAGAGCGGCUUUGUCGAAGCGAUGGAGAUCAUUCUACGCAUGAGCCCGUUGAGUGUUGUGGCGGUGGAUGCGCAGGGUCGUACUCCGCUGCACGCCUGUGUGCUGAUGCGGAACGACCUCCUCACCUCUUCACCGACCGCUGCAGACGCGGCAGCAGAGGUCACCGCCAAGGCAGAGAUACAAGAAGAAGAGGAGCAACGACAGCAGCUGUUGGCGGCUCGUCUACAACGCAUGAUGACGACGCUGCGGGACACCCUGUCGAGGCUAACAGCUGAGGGGAAGGCAGUGCCGCUGCAUGGCCAGCCGAUUCGACGCACAGGGCAGGACGUCCUGCCCACGCCGUUUCACACCACCGCUGCGGCUGAUAGAACGCCUGCUGACCUACAGCAACAACACGGCGGCCUGCGUGCCGUGGCCGCCCUUGUGCAGCCCUCCACCAUCACCGAACAGCUGCAGCGGUGGCAGAAGACCCGGCACUGGGGGGCUCGUCCGCUACUGCUCCGCGGUGCAGACGCCGACGCUGCGAACAGCGACGCCAACAACGCCACACGACUGCUGCAAAUGGAUGCUGCGUCGGGUAGCGGGGUGCGCAGCUGGACGGCGUACACGCAGCUGCCGGAUGGGCAAGGGCGUACGGCGCUGCUGCUGGCGGCAGAGCUCGGCAAUCGCAGUGCUGCGCGUGCGCUACUCCAGCAGGCGUGA